GAGCGGGAAGGAUCCGAGUAACUCGCCUGAAGCGAAGAAAUCAAAACAGUUUGAGCAGCAGGUGGAAGCGGAAUGGACAGACACCGUAGCCUGUCCACAAUGGUGUAAAGACAAUUGUUCUGUCGACUGUUGACAAGUGAGCGACACUUCCGCUCGUAAAAUAGUUGCUAGCUAACGUCUGUGAAUUGAUAAUACACGCGAGAGUUUGAAGAAGAAGUAGGACUCUCAAAGGCAUCAGCAGAUAUUCACUAUCAAUGGCCUCCAAAGGUUGGCAGCAUCCUUAUGCCAACAUAUUCAAACACGUCCGAGUGGAAGAAUGGAAAAAGUCUGCGAAAGAGGGAGAAGUGUCAGUGUGCAUGGACAAGACGCUGAAAUGUUCAGUGUUCAGAAUCAGGGGUCCUGUUCCUGCCAACAGCUACAUUUUGGUACCCAAAAACAGCAACCAGUCUCUGGGGCUGACGGGACGCUACUUCUACCUUCUCUUCAAGCCCACUCCUGGGAAAUACUUUGUUGUUCACCUGGAUGUUGCUGCUGAGGAGGGUCAGGUGGUGCGCGUUUCCUUUUCAAAUAUGUUCAGAGAGUUCAAGUGCACGUCAACCUGGCUUCAGUUUCCUUUCUUGUGUGGAGCCGCCAAGGAUUCGGUCUACGACAGCACGUCCAAAUCUGCUAGACAUGGUUUUGUGGGUACAGCGCCCAACUCGGUGCGCUGGACAUGUCUGAUGCUCGAUCUACAGAGCGUACUGUCCGUCUACCUCAGCCGCUGCUACCGCCACCUGAAGAGUAUCAAGCUGUGUGCCAACAUGUCGGUGAAAAACUUGUUUACCAGUGACCUGCUGCUGGAUCCAGGGGUUUCCUUCGGUGAAGCCAAGCUGAGGGGGCUGGCCUCUUCUCUGGGAACAGGUCCCAUGCCGAGAGACAUGUCAUUCCCUGUGCCUCAGGGAAGCUCGUGGCAUGACCUCUAUGAUCAUAUCAAGUUUCCCUCAGAAGGAACAAAAUUACCCUUUGACUCCAUUCAAAAAAGUAUUCCAGGCACAGGUACUGUGGCCAGUCAAAGGAGUCCCAAGAGAGCAAUGUCUCGCUGUGUCAACCUCAGCAGAGCAGUUCAGGACCGCGUGUCUCUCAUCCAGCAGAUCACCACGCCAAAAUCACUGCUGAGGCCCGUGGUGACCAGCAUACCCGAGUUACCUGUAAUCUCCACUCACAACAGCGAUGGCCUGCUUUGUCAUAAGGAUGACCAGCAGCAGCAGGUGUCGGCAUGCCUCAGUCCACACCAGCUGACAUCCAGGCCGCCUCAUUUCACUGACGACAGUGGAGUUCAUGUGUUUGUGCAUACUGAGGACGCAUGCAGCAAACAAGGCGACGAUAGUGAAGAAGAGGUUUUGAGAACGACCUUGGUAAAUUCCCAGGCUUGUGGCAGUUCUGCUCCACGUCUUCUUCAUUAUUCAUCAUCUAAAGCCAUCAAACACGAGAAGCUGCUCCCAGACCCAAUUCUCAGGCUUAAUCGUAUCAUUGGCUUUGGAGGAGCCACUACUAAAUGUGCUCUGUGGACCAAAUCGGGGGAUGCAGUGGUUUAUCCGUGUCACGCAAUUAUUGUCUCCAUGAAGAUUCCCUCUAAACAGCAAAGAUUCUUCAUCGGUCACACCGAUAAGGUGUCUGCGUUAGCUUUUAAUGGCAACACGUCACUGCUGGCCUCAGCACAAACUGGGAAUCAUAGUGUUGUUCGAGUGUGGAACUACCACAAAGGAAACUGUGUGGCCAUACUCAGGAGUCACGCUCAUUCACUGUCCUCUCUUAGCUUCUCCUACAGUGGCAGUAUUCUCUGUGGAGUUGGUAAAGACAGCCACAACAAAACAACGGUGGUGGUGUGGAACACGACGAACGUGACCAAAGGUGGAGAAGUGAGUGUCUUAGCCAAGGCACACACAGACGUGGACAUUCACACCAUGAAGGUCGCCUUCUUUGAUGACACGAGGAUGGUGUCGUGCGGUCGCGACAACAUUCGUCUGUGGCGAGUGAGAAAUGGAACGCUGCGGUCCUGUCCACUCGACCUGGGUGAAUACCACUCGGUGGACUUCACUGACGUGUCCUUUGAAGAGGGAAACACCUCCAGCCAGAAUCCUGAAGAUCAAACACUGUAUGCCAGCAGUCGGAGUGGCCAUGUUUUUGAGGUCGACUACAGCAGAGUUGUUAUUAGAAAUGUGAGACGUCUGUUCCCCGCUCAGCAGCAGCACUCGGAGCGCAGGGAGAAAAUGACUUUUAACACAGGUCCGGGCAUUGCCAUCAACAGCAUCAGUGUGUCCUCCUCGUUCUGUGCCACGGGCUCUGAAGACGGCUUCCUGCGUCUCUGGCCCCUUGAUUUCUCAGCCGUCUUCCUGGAGGCUGAGCACGAGGGACCCGUGAGUCUGGUGUCAGUCUCGUCAGACUCUCUUCAGGUCCUGGCAACCACCUCGACUGGGAACCUGGGCUUCCUCGACGUGAGCAGCCGUGGCUACAACACUCUGAUGAGGUCUCACACAGACACCGUGCUCGGCUUCAGUGUGGACGGCAUCCGUCGGCAUCUGACAACAGCCUCGUCUGACGGCACAGUGCGCAUUUGGGACAUGGACUCCUUACAUCAGCUGUACGAUUUUGUCCCCGAGGACUGCCCCUGUUCGGUGGCCUUUCAUCCCAGUGAGCAGGUUUUCUCUUGUGGCUCCAGCUCGGGCAUCGUCAGGGUCUUUGACAUCUCUAGUGCCAAACUGUUGGCUGAACAUAAGCAGCACAGAGGUGAAGUGGUGGGCCUCGCCUUCUCUCCAGAUGGGGAGUUUAUGUACAGUGCAGACUCUCAAGGCUCCCUUGCACUUUACGACUCCUCCGAGGAAGACCACAAUGUGAUCAGAGUUUUAUGUAAUGUGUUGGCCCGAGGCACCGAGCACGCUCCAGACGCUCUAACUGUGAGCCGUGACAGCCGCUGUCUGGCAUUUGUCGGUCCCUCUGAGCACAUAGUCACCGUCGCUGAUGCGCGGUCUCUGGAAGAGUUGCUCCGUGUAGAUGUGAGUAUUUUGGAUGUGGAAAGCCCUCGUCUGGAUUCUGCGAUGAAGGUCUGCUUUUCUCUGGCUUCUAAAGAACACUUACUGGUCGCGACAUCUGCCAAUAAAAUCCUGUGGGUUAACUCUAAGACAGGCCGCCUGCUCCGAGAGAUUUCAAAGGUUCACAAACACCAGUGCUCGUCCCUGGCUGUGAGUGAGGACAGUCGAUUUUUGCUGACGGCAGGACACAACGCUGUCAAAGUCUGGGAUUAUAACAUGCAGCUCGAGAUUAACUCGCAGAUGUUCGUUGGUCACAGUCAGCCCAUCUGCCAGGUCAACUUCACCCCUGACCAGCUGGGUGUCGUCUCAGUGGGAGAUGCAAUAUUCAUUUGGGACUUCCUGGCACAUUCUGACCCUUUGCCUGACAGCCGUUCAACUCUCAAAGCAAGCCACGCCUCGACUCCUAAAACAGUUCACCAGCAUGGUGGAGUCCAGUUGUCCAGUGGGAUGCCUCGACAGACGGCACCCCUCCCUUCCUCACCUCCUCCAAAACUGGACAUCGGCACAACUGACCGGGGCGCGUUCGGUUCCUCGUCUCUUUGUGAAGACACGCUGACCAUCACAACUGCUCCCGUCCAAACCAGUGGAGCAGGUCCUUCAUCUGACCCCAGACCUGCCUCCUUCCUCAAAGUUACAGAUCUGCUCGACACGUCACCCCUGAAGACCAGCCACACUGACCACAGUGAUUCAAAGGGGAAGAAGCCAAUACGUCCAGAUUGUUACAAGCACUUUAUCCCACGUUUCAAGACCUGCACUUUUGAUCAGGCUGCGGUGGCUCCCCAACCAGGCAAAGAGGGUCUAAAGCUGAAGGCAGUGAUUGGCUACAAUGGCAAUGGGCGUGGCAACAUGGUGUGGAGCGCAGAACAAGGUUUAUUUGCGUAUUCGUGUGGUUGUGUCGUGGUGGUAGAGUACCUUCAGUCAGGAAGUCAGAGACACCUGCAAGGCCAUAGCGAGGAGAUCUCGUGUCUCGCCGUCUCAAAUGAUGCACAGACAGUGGCAUCAGCAGCUGGCAGCAGUAAUGGCAGCCACAGCCUCAUCUGCGUGUGGGACAUCCAGAAUGGAAUUUGUCGUAAGAACAUUUCCUACCACAAAGGCCUGGUGCAGUGUCUUGCUUUUUCCAGGGACGACCGCUUCUUUCUCUCUGUUGGAUAUUUCUCUGACCCAGUAGUGGCUCUGUGGAGCAGCAGCACCUUCCAGCUGCUCUCCAGCGUGAGUGUGUCUGGGCCGAUCCAUGACGUAGCCUUUAGUCCUUCAGCAUUCAGCCAGCUGGCUUGUGUGGGCAGCCAAGGGGUUUACUUCUGCCUCAUCAACACCCGUGGCCUGGAUGUUGAUCUUAAGGUGCAGAAGGUGAGAACACCAGUGGAGCUUGGUGAUGUGGAGCUGACAGCUCUGUGCUACCACAUGGACUCCCUUCUGUUCACCGCCACUAAUCGAGGACAUGUUUGCGUUUGGGAUGUUAACACGCAUCGUUGCCUCAUGACUUGGAACGCUGAUGAGGGAGAGAUAGGAGUGCUGCUGUGUCGAGGGAACCGUCUGUUGACAGGCAGCAACACCCGCUGGUUGCGACUGUGGGAGGUAGAAGCUGUACAGAGUAUGCAGCCUCAGGUCAAAGUCUGCAGUGUGGAGGACAGUGGAACGACUGUGGUGUUGGAGCAGGAGCUAAUGCUGGACGGAGCAACCGUCAGUGCAGCGUUUGACAACACCAUGGACAUGGGCAUUGUUGGAACCACAGCCGGAACCCUCUGGUACAUCAACUGGUCAGACAGCAGCAGCAUCCGGCUGGUCAGCGGGCACAAGGCCAAGGUGAACGAUGUGGUAUUCAGCUCUGACGAGAGCCAUUUCGCCACCUGCAGCGAUGACGGUAGCGUGAGGGUGUGGUCAAUCCCCAGCAACGAACUGGUGGUGCAGUUUCAGGUGCUCAAUCAGGCCUGUGGCUGCGUGUGCUGGAGCCCCUCUUCCAGUCGGGACGGCGCGUGUGUGGCUGCAGGAUACAGUGACGGGACCCUUAGGAUUUUCCAGCUUGCCUCAUCAGAGAUGGAGAUGAAGCUGCAACCCCAUCACGUGGCUGUCACAGCCAUCCAGUACUCGGCUAGCGGUCAUGUGAUCCUUUCAGGAGGGAAGAAUGGUCUGGUCGCCGUCAGCAGCUCAGUAAAUGGAGCGACGAUCCGUGUCAUCAGAGACCACAAAGGAGCACCGAUUACAGCCAUCCAUGGUGUAAAUGAAGAGUGUAAGAGUUUGGGAUGGGAGGCAAACGAGAUGUGGCUGACUGCUAGUGCUGACAGACGUGUCAGUGUGUGGGCUGCCGACUGGCUGAAGGAGGAGUGCGAUCUGCUGGACUGGCUCACGUUCCCUGCACCGCCCUAUUUUGGGGAUGACGACCCACCUCCCAGCCUGGCUGCCUUCUGCCCAGCAGACCCCAGCCUGGUGGUCUACACUGGCUAUGGGGUAGAGAAAGAGUUGCUCUUCUACAGUCUGACGAAAAAACAGAUAAUAAAAAAGAUUACCCUGCCGCAAUGGGCCACAUGCUUUGAUCUCUCCCGUAAGACACAGCUCAUAGCUGUGGGUUCCAAAGAGCGAGUGGUGAAGUUACUGCAGUCGAGGAGCGGCAGGUUUCAGGACUUUGUGCAGCACAGUGAGACGCUGCAGACGUGUCACUUCUCUCCCACUGGGACGCUUCUUUUCACAGUGGCUUUUAAUGAGAUCCUGCUGUGGGAGGUGCUGGGUCUCUGAGGGUUCUCACAUCUGUUUGUGAACCUCAAACCUUGUGGGUUUGUUUUGUAAUAUAUGGUUCCUUUUAAUUUUUUUUAUCAGUCAAAGUUUUUGUUUUUUUAGGGAUAUGACUGGUGUGUCUGUGUCUGAUUUUAAAAUACAGCCCCUUUUGUAUUGAUUGGGUUUGCAUUUCCUGUCAUUUCUGAUUGUUUGAGUAUUUAUUUGAGUGUUUUUAUGAACACAACAGCAGAAGAAAAAAUAGAAUAGUUUAUGUUGCUGCUCUGAGAUUUAAAUAAAAAAGCAGCAAGAAAAAUUACAAUAAAAUGAGAUGACUAA